ACUUGUAAUCGCUCAUAAUUAAUUGUCGGCUAUCAUCGUCCUUUUUGCUUCUUCUUCUCCCACCAAAAUUGACUUUUCAGUUUUUAAUCUCAGGCUCGAUAUGGAGAUUGAGAGUCACGUUUCAGUCCCUGUGAAGAAUCUUGUUAAAGCCGAGUUCAAGCUUGGGACAGAGAGCUACACCAUUGAUUCAUCAAACAAGGGUGAUACUGUAUUGGACCAAUUGGUUUCGAUGAAAGUGGAAAGUAUGAAGAUACUCAAGGAUUUUAUCACAAAGCAUAAUGUUCCAGAUGAUGAUGUCCCCGACCAAAUCUUGUCUGAUGAUGAAGAAGAAGGUGAUGAUGAUGCUUCUCCUGUAGUAUGUCCUGUGAAACCCAAGAAGACCAAGAUUUGACUUCCUUUUUAUUCAUCACUCGUUUUCUUGUCUUUUUUUUUUCUAUGGAUGUGAUAUUACAAUUAAGAAGUACUAGAUCUUGAACCUAUGUCAAAUUUACUAUUUGUGUAACAGUUUUGUGUUGUCUAAGAAGAAUUAUGAGGCUUUGGAUCUUGCUAGUUGGAAUUUAGAAAUGGUAAUUGUAAUGCUUGAGAA